GCGACAAUCAAACAAGUUUUUCAUUGAUUAUCACUACAACGAGUAGCAAAUAGAUCAUGAUAAUUCCGAGUUUAAAAGAGAUUUUGUUUUUGUUUAUGGUUUCUGGAAAAUUUGUAAAUGCCAGUUAUAAAUCUACGCGCGACAUAAAGCUAACGCCUGAAGAUUUAACAUAUUUCUUGAAUGCGAUUGACAAUAUCGUGCAAUAUACUGAACGUCACAAAUAUGUUUUAAAUGACCUAGAUUUUUUCGGCUUUUUUAUUUCCAACGCUAACCUGAAAACCAUAAUAAGAAAAAAAGAUAAUUUAUUUCGUGCACCUCAAGAAAUAAGUAUAAAGAUAUAUCAAAUAUCGCGACGAUUAGAUACAUUGCUCAGUUAUGGUUCUACUACCUACCAUUUGAGUUCCCAAAAGGCAAAGCUGAUAAGUCGUCUAUUUACGAACAUAGGUGAGUGGAGUAACCAGUUGUCAAGUGUUAAUGUCCAAUACAGUCCUAUACCUGUGGUAGAAAUCAACCCUCAGCAGUUUGAGGAGAUGUACCGUAACUACGACUUCUACUCGUCUUCCGUGAAGGAUAUGGAAAAAUGGGAUCCAUCACCUGAAAUGUCGGAUGAAUGUUUAGUGGCGUUAUCCUUGUACGAAAGCAAAAAAGAAAAGAAGAGACUAAAAGUUUGUGAUUUACCUAUGCCCUGCGAGAAUGUCUUGAAAACUGGAACCGAUUUUGGAUAUGCCCUCUCCCAUAGGAUUUUACUUCUAACCAUAGCUCGCCUGGGAAUGGAUUGCUAUUUGUUAGGGAAGUUACAGGAUGAGGAUUUGCAUAUGGAGCUGUGCCAAGAGGCUUACUACGAAGGACAAUACAUUGCUAUGAACGGCUACGACUUUAUUGACCUAAUGAUGGAAUACGUUGCAUUGUGUUCUAUGCUGGGUCAUGUGGAGUUUCUUCGACGUGAUUGGCUAGAAGAGACUGUACGUCUUCAAACUACGGCUGGAUGCUUGUACAAUCCUCUCCUCUUCUUGAACCAUAACGAGACCAGAACUGAAAAUCAUUGUGACGUGCACAUGACGGCAGUAGGCAUAGCCGCCCUCAGCUGCGCAGUCAAGUGGAUACUAGAGAACGUCUAUGCACCGCCGAAAAGUAUCCUAUACACCGACAGUAAUAUGCUGGCACUUCCUUUCCUAAGACGGCUUUAUGCGACAAGCGCACGUCAUGGUAAAGAUAAUAAGUGGCCCGGCCAACGAUAUCUCGUGUGAAAAUCAAAAGAUUUUGAAGAAUUACUUAUUGUUAAGCUAAUUUCAAACGCUCGAUCUAGUUCCUAGGUUUUCCCGAUUGCUAUAGUAAAUAAAAUUAUUUGUUGGGCUUUGUUUAAAAGAAAUGUAGAGCUGUUAUGUUUUCCAUUGCCUUUUUGUAUAGGUCUAAUUACCUGUUUUAUGUGUAGAUUAAAAAUACUAGUUCUAGGCGCGUUUAUAAAAGUGACGGAAAGAACAAUUCGUGCGCCUGGUGGUGAGCGACUCGCUCGGACUCUGGUAAUAGUACAAAACAUGUUAUAUGAAAAGUUUUGAAAAAGUUUUGUAUUAUAUUUAUGAACGUAAAUAUACAUUUUUCUGUUUUAAUUACUAAUAUUCGUUAGCCUUUAGUCGCCGUGUGUAACCGCUCUAAGAGUGGCAACACAAUGACAUGGCAAUACAAUGACGCUUUCCGUAUUCGGAUAGUUACCACGCUAUACUGUAGUGCAUCGAACAUGUUCGCCGAGGAGGGAUUACCUGACUCCUUUGCUGUUGCCAGGGCUCGUAUUGCUUCCAUUUAGGACAGAUAUGUCUGGUUCAGUUUUUAAGUAGUACCUACUGGCGUUCCCUCCACCGCGACGCAAGCAGGAAACAGAUUAGACGAGGCCUGUGCGAAUUAUAUAAUAAUAUGUAUUUUAUGUAUUUUAUUCUGUAUUUUAUU